AUGGACCAGGGGUGCACCCGUUCCGAGGCUGCAGCUCCGCCACCGCCGCCGAGCCUCAUGGAGCAGCAGUGGCUGGGGUUUGCGCUGCGGCAGGCGGCGCGCGCGGCGCCGCACCCGGCACCCGCCUCCCUCCAGCAGCACAGCGCCGCAGCGGGCUACCGCCUCACGCUGUCCUUUCUGGAAAGCAUGCCGCUGUUCCAAGCCGACGACCGCACCUUUGAUGUGCGGGUGGGGGUGAAUCUCUUCGACGAGGCCGCAGGCUGCUUCUUCGGGCCCACAGCCCACAGCGCAGCGGUGGAAUACGACAUGCGGCGCAGCAAGGGGCGGCGGGGAUUCCAUAUCGACCUCAGCAGCUCCCUCUACCUGCACACACGCGCCGCCAUCACCGGCUCUGCUGCCGCCGACAUAACCAGUGCCGACGGCGGCGGCAGCGCCUUGGCCUGCGGCAGCGGGCUGCUGGCGGUGGUGGAGGUGGUGCUGGUGGAUCGCAGCGGCCCUGCCGGCGUGGCAUGCGGCGAGUACUCUGCGGGGUGGUGUGCAGUACCUCUGCAGCUCCCCUCAGCUGCUGCUCUGGCGGCGGGCGGCGCCGCCUGCUGCGACAGGCCUUCGGCAGCGCAGCGAGCAGCGGCCUCUGGCCUCGCCUCGCCAGCUAAGGUGGCGGGGCCAGCUGGCACGAGCGCCUUUUGCUGCCUGCUGCCGGGCCAGGCACAGACGGACCCUGUACCGCCGCAGGCAGCCGGAAAUGGCGCGCCGCUGCGACGCGGCAUCAUGGCUGUCCAGCUGGGCGCCGGCGGCCAGCUGUGCGUGCCGGUCUUCGCGGGCAGCCCCCGAUACCUGCUGCUGCACGCGCUGCUGCCGCCGGAGCAGCGUCUGCCGCCAGCGCAGCUGCUGGCCGAUGGAGCCGAGUGCCGCCUACACUACCAGGCACGCGGCGGAGCUUGCGACAUGGCCAGCCAGCCUGCAGGGCUCUUUGAGGCGUGCCCCGAGGCGGCCGCCUGGGCUCCGCUGGCGCCUGACAACUUCCUGCUGUCCAGCCGGGACGUGGUGCCCGGCCUGCAGCGGCGCAGGCUCGCCAGCGGCGCGGCGCAUGGCAGCCCUGGCGGCAGCGGCGGCAGCGGCGGCGGGGAGGCCACGCUGGGUGUGCUGGGCAUCGUCAGCCAGAUGGCGCCGCCUUGCCUGCACGACGUGCACGCUGUGGUGCUGACCGGGCUCAGCGUGCACCUUCCCGACGGCUUCUUGGACGUCGUGCGCAAGCAGGCGGCCGGGCUGUGGCGCCAGGCGCACGGCGCGCCGCCCCUUGCAGGCUGCAGCGGAGGCGCGGCAGGGGGCACGGGAGCCGGCAACAAGCUGCUGCUGCCUCUGGCAGAGCUGCAGCACAGCCUGCUGCUGCGCGUGUCGGCGCACAAUGGGCGGCGGUUUGUGGGGCCUGCGGUGCUGUGUACCGCAGCGGCGCUGGAACAGGUGGAGGGGUGCAGGGGGCAGCAUUGCCUGGUGCUGGGGCAGGACGCUCCGCUGGCCUGGCUGCCUGCCGACCGCUUUGUGGCAGUGGUUCUGGAGCUGGUGCUGCAGCAGCCCAGCCGGCACCCACCAGCCCGCGCCCCCAGCGACAGCACCACCAGCAGCAGCGGGGAGGGCGACGGCCUGAGCAGGGAAGUGGUGCUGGGGUGGGCGGCUGUGAUGCCCUUCAGCUGCCUCGGCGGCAGCGGUGGGAGCCAGCUGGCUGUAGCUGAAGGACCGCAUCAGCUGGCGCUACGCAGUGGGCCUGGGCGCUGGCUGAGGCACAGCCCAGUGCUGGACUGGCGGCGCCUGAUCGAGUGCACCAACAGGAGCAGCCCGGCGGCGCCUACCAUCAGUUUGGUGCUGUAUAAUGCCCCUGGGCAGGCAGUGUGGCCGCCUCCGCCAGCCCCUGUGCAGCUGCGGCAGCCGCGGCAGCCGGCUAGUCCCCUGGGCAGCCUGGCGCCUCCUCCGGCCAGGCCAGCGGCGGCUGCCGUGGCGGCUGCGCGGAAGGCCGAGGAGCGGCAGCGACAGCAGAUGUCCACGGCUGCAUCGGAGGCUGAGACGCUGCUCAGCCAGGCCCAACAGGCGCCGGCGCAGCGCAGCAAGGAGGAGGUGGCUGCGCUGUACAGUGGCAGCCCCACAGCCAAGCUGGCCAGGCGGCGGGGCGCGGCAGUGGCAUUUGCCGAGGGGGCCAGCGCAGCGCAGGCCGCGGUCGCAGCGGCUGCAGAGGCCACGGCGGCGGAGAGCAAUCUGCCGGAGCUUACAGGGCUCCAGCUAAGUGAGGUGCUGAGCUCCGAACUGGCGGAUGAGCUCCUCAGUGCCGAGGCCAGCUUACAGCUGCUGGCUUUUGAGUCGUCAGCGGUUUCUGGUGCGGCCGCAGGAGCCCAGCUGCCCGGCAGCAUGCAUUUCACAUAUCGGUUCUUCGAUGGGCAGCCCACCGUGACGGCAGCCUUGCGCCUGGAGCCCGUGGCUUGCAGCGCUGAGCAAGAAGGCACACAGCUCCUUGCUCUGCUGCCCGAGCACGUUGCCAGCAGCAGCCGCGCCCAGGGACCAGCGCCAGCGCUGCCUCUGCGGCUGCUGGAUGCGGGUGCACUGCAGCGGCAGCUGGCGGAGCUGGCAGACCAGGGCAUGCCGCCGGAAGCCGCCGCCAGCCUUGUGCAGCAGCAGCGCCUGCGUGCUGUGCACUACCUGGCUGAGAGGCAGCUGCAGAUUGAUGUGUGGGACAGCAGCAGCCUACUUCAGGUUGGCACGCUCAGCAUGCCGCUGCACCACCUGCUGCGGCGGGGCCAGCCGGCAGCAGAGGCGGUGCUGCGGGUGCGAGUGCAGGACCAGGAGGAGGCUGUUGCAUGGCAGGAUGGAGCAGCAGGCAGCGUGCUGUGCGCUGGUCCCCGGGAGGUUGCCGCGUUUGAGGGCGUGUUUGUGAACAGCGGCAGCCAGGAGGCCUGGUUUGAGCUGUCGGUUGGGCCCGGCAACAACCAGGCUGCAGAAGGCAGUAGCAGCAGCAGCAGCAGGCAGGUGCCUGCGCUCAGCCUGGUGGCAGAUGAGGCAGAGUGGAGGGCGCUGGCACCGGCAGCCACGCUGGCAGGCCUGGCAGCCCAGCAGGCACAGCACGGCUGCAGCCUCCGGGUCAUCACCGGGGCCUGCUUCAAGCUGGCUGCGAAUGAGGCUUGCCUGCUGCGCUUCAAGCUCUGCAACGGCCUGCUCUUUGAGGCAGACAGAAACGAGCGGCAGCGGCGGGAAGAGCUUCCGGGAGGCGGCACGGUACAGUGGCAUGCCAUCGGCAUCCGGCGCUGGGGCUCCAGCCCCCCAGCAUCCUCCCCCAGCAUACAUACAGCAGCAGCGGUUGUAGCCGGGGCAGCAGCGCCGGAGCUUGCAGCCACCUACCGAGUGGCGGCCGUGCUGCCCGCGGCGCCGGCGGUCGAUCGCACGCUGCGACUGUACUGCCCGGCAGCAGGCAGUGCACCGGCAGCGCCAGCGGUGCACGCCGUGGAGCUGGCCAGCUUGCCGGGUGCAGGCAGGCUGCUGGGCGGCGGCGCCCUGGCCUGUGUGGCCAGCAGCCCUGACAUCUCCACGAUGGUGCAGCAGGGGCGCCUGCUGCUGUCCUGCCCGGCACCUGCGCGAGGCACUGUCCGCCGCUUCCUGCUGGGGAUCCAUGCUGGUGCUGCAGGGAGCAGCAGCGGCAGCAGCAGCGGCGGCGGCAGCAUCAGCGGCGGCGCCGGCAGCAGCGGCUGGGGCUGCCCAGCAGAGGUGUGGGAGGUGUUUCUACAUGGGUUGCCGGCGGUCCGCCUGGCUGCUGACGUGGGCAGCGCGGCCUCUACCAGUGUGUACCUCCCAGCGCUUGCCGGGCUGAACAGCCAUGCACAGGUGGCCUGCCGGCAGCGGGGCUGCGUCGACGGGGAGCUGCAGGCGGUCGCGUCGGCAGGGAGCUGCGGCGGCGGGCUGGAGCUGUGCUUUGAGCCAGCGCAGAUUGGCCGGCGCGAGCUUCUGCUGUCGGUGGCACCGCCGCAGCGGCCCGGUGAGCUGCUGCUGGUGCAGCUUGAUUCCAGCAGCACCGUCGUCAGCAGGACGUUUGAGGUUCGCCUCGGGCGGGGCCAGGCAGCCAGCAAGAAGGUGCGGUACCACAGCCCCCACGCCGAGCCACGCCGGUUUGUGGUGCGCAGCCUGGCGCCGGCGGUGGUGCGGGUCGCGCCCUCCAGUGCUGCGUUCGAGCUGGAUGGCGGCAGCGCGGCCGCCAUCAAGAUGACGCUGCACGCGGCACCGGCAGCGUACGGGCAGCAAGGGCAGGAGCAGGCAGGGGGACACAGAGAGGCGCUUGUGGUGCUGCAGUCUGCGCCGGCGGCGGAUCUCGGCGACAACAGCCGGGUGGAGGAGGUGUUCAGGGUGGUGGUGGCUGCGGCGUGA